AUGUCAGCAGCAGGAGCAUUUAGGAGGUUUUUAAACAGCGAAACGGGUCCAAAGACCGUACAUUUCUGGGCUCCCACUUUGAAAUGGGGAUUGGUAUUUGCAGGCCUCAGCGAUCUGAGGCGGCCCGUCGAGAACAUCUCAGGCGCACAGAACCUGUCGCUUCUUGCGACAGGUGUGAUUUGGACGCGGUGGUCGUUCGUCAUCAAGCCCAAGAACAUGUUGCUAGCGUCGGUGAACUUCUUCCUAGGCUGCACCGCUGGUUACCAACUCGCGCGUGUCAGCCGCUACCGUCUCGCGCAGGGCGACACCUACUCCCAGGUGUUUGACUACCUGAUCAACGGUCCCAAGAAGCUCACCGAAGAGGAGAAAAUUCACAAGGUGCAGGCCACCCAGGUUGCCCACGGGUCCCUGGGCCAGAGUUCUACCGCGUGA